GAUAACUCUGCCAUGUCUUCACGACCGGCGUGGCAGAGUCCUGCCUAUGCGCAACCUUCCAAUGGAAGUGCCCCACCGCCGCCUCCACUUCCCGCCAUUCCGUAUCCACAGCCAUCAUCACAGCCACCAGUGCCUCCUAAUUCGUAUCCACAACCAUUACCACAAUCAACAGCAUCGCAGAAUGUAUAUUCAUCGCCAUAUGCCCUGCCACCGUCGUCCCAGAACGCAUAUGGCGCUCCACAAUAUCAACCAUACCAACCACCACUUGGAUCAUCGUAUAAUUACAGUGCGCCGCCGCAAGCCGUACCACAGCAGCAAACAGUCCCCUAUCCCUUGGGUCCAGCUGGGAGUGCACCUCCGAUUCCACAGCAACAAACGUCUCCUUAUCCCUUAGGUCCCACUGGAAGUGCACCACCGAUCCCUCAGCAAUCGACCUCGUACUAUCCAUCAGCGCCCCCUCAACCCGUACCUCAACAGACCUUUCCUCAGCAGCAAACACCGUAUUAUCCGUCUAAUGGAGCGCAAAGCGCACCAAAUGCUCAAGCAGAUAAAGUGCAGCGAACACAGCGCCCGUCUACGGCGGAUGUGCUCGCUACAGUGUCGGUUCAGGACGGCGAGGACCCAAAACCUUUUGCCAAUGCGGAAACACUGAGCCGCUACACCAGAAUGUUUCCUGAGGCUGAAAAUGAUCAGGGAUGCCGGCUAUUUAUGUAUGGACCGAAGUGCCCAACCCCUCUGUUGUUGACAUUGUUUCAUCAUUUCGAUUUUCCUCGAUACUCUUUGUUCCCAUAUGGCCUCUACAACGACUUUACAAUGACGACAAAGCCUGAAGCAGGCUGGUGUAAGUGCCAGAGAUGUGCUAAGGGAGAUGAUUGCGGACAUUGGGCACUGCACCAUAACCUCAGAUUUUAUGUGUUAAAGGAUACAUCACCUUCGACGGAUAGGCAGCCCAAAAUCACAGCGACGUCGGAUACGAUCGCAAUCUCUUCUGAAGACCAGGAAGACAGCUUUCUCAUGGCUGAUUGGAAUAUGCUUCUUUUUCGCUUUCGCUCACGGAGAGUUGAAACCACAGAAUACGCUUAUGAUGCGUUGAUCUAUCAGAACUAUGAGAACUCGACGAAGCUAAGAUCUGCUCCCCUGGAUUACUUACUGAAUCAGCUUGAUUUCAUUUUGACAAACUGGAAUAAUCUUCUUACAGUGUCGACACGCUUCUUGGAGUCGUUUAGGUACGAAGUCCUCCAACAACGAUUGGAAACGGAUCGCAAAAUCAUCAGAAACCUUGUCGGUGCGGCUCAGCGCUGGGAGGAAUUUCGCCGAGUACUCCAAAAUCAGGUAGUGAGUCUAGGAGCCAUUGAGAACAUCCAUCUCGAUCCGAGAUGGAUAGAAGGACGCGACGACUUUUGGGAAGCUCAGGCCAUAUGCAAUGGCUAUAUACAACAGUUCAAAAACUUAGACUUUCGCAUAUGCACAGAACUCAUCAACGAGACCGAUAGUCUUAUCCAGCGAGUGACUAAUUUGAUAAGCAUCGAUGAGGGAUAUCGUUCGCGAGAGCAGAAUGACAGCAUUCGGAGGCUUUCGUGGAUCACUUUCAUUUUCCUGCCUCUUGUUUUUGCAGCGGGAAUUUUCGGCAUGAACGUGGACCUCUUCACAAACGAUCCUUCAUGGUUAUACUAUCUCUACACCUCGUUGAUUGUUAUGUGCCUUGCUCUAGGAGGCUAUGCAAUUUCGUGUUCGAAAAGACGUUCGAAAAAGUUGGCCUUGAGUAUCAUUUUAGCACCGUUUAGGCUCUUGACCUUCCUUUGGAGAAACUUCAGCAGGAUACUUCCCACGCGCCAGGAAAAAAGUUACAGUCCCCUCCAGGAUCUCGAAAGCCAGGAACUCAAUCCCAAAGACGAGUACUCAACCGUUCUUAAAUGGGCUGCAAGUUCCGGUAGAACUGACGUUAUUCAUAAGCUUCUCCAGGACUCGAAAAGCCAUGAGACGAAAACAUUGGCAUCUUUAUCUUCCGGUGAAGCCAUCAUGAUGGCAAUCAAGAACGGACAUACAGAUACUGCAAAAUAUCUUAUUGAGUCGACACCAUUCGAUGAGUAUCGAGACGAUAACGACAUGACAUUAGUUCAUUGGGCGGCAAAACUUGGGCAGGCUAUAGUUGUUGAGGAACUCGCUCGUAAGGGAGCGAGCUUAAGCGACAAGGAUGCAGAAGGUCGUACUCCGCUGGACUACGCUCUCGAAAGCAACAACGAAGACACGAUAAACCUCCUCCUCAAAGGUGGGAAGCAUAUCAGCCGCCAAGAUACUGUAAACAUACAGAGUCUGCACUUUAGCGCUCGCACCGGAGACAUCAGCAUGAUCAAGAAACUUCACGAGAAAGGAAGUAGCCUGGAAGCGCGCGACGGAAAAGGUCAGACCGUGAUUUUCCACGCCGUGAAAGGGAAACAAUACGCAACUCUCAAGUGGUUGUUAGAGCAGAGCGCAAACAUACAUGCAGUCGACAAACAAGGAUUCUCUGCACUCCACAUCGCCGCUCAAGAGUGCGAUCUACAAUCCGCGACAAUUUUGGUCGACAAAGGAGCGGAUGUGAAUGCUUUCUCGAGUGAGAAGCUAACGCCAUUACUCUGUACAGUUCAAUCUCAAGGCGUCGAUGUUCUCAAGUACCUCCUAGAUAAGGGUGCUGACAUACAUGCGAUGGACAAAAACAUGGAUCGCGUUGCUCACAAGAUAGCUCGAAGAGGCGACUCAGCCGAGCUGCUCUGGAAAACGGCUUACGAUCUGGGUUGCAACAUCGAAAUAUCCGGGAAACAAGGGAACACACCAGCGCAUUUGGCGGCAGAAUCUGGAAGCGUUGCAAUCUUGAGGCAUCUCGUGGAGAAAAAUGUAGAUGUUCGAACAAUCAAGAACAUAGCCGGCUAUACCCCCUUGAUGGUGGCUGCCAGCGCCGGGAAGGCUGAUGCCGUCCGCUUCCUCCUCGAGAACGGAUGCACCCACGAGAUAGUCGAUUCCAGCGGCAAGACGCUCGUUGAACUUUCCAUCAUCUGGGGCAAUCCUUCCGUGAUGCAGGCGCUCCAGGACUUUGGCGCAAAAUUCGAUUCUGUUGACUCAACCAGCGAUGCGCGACAUCCGGUCUGGCGAGCCAUUUGGGAUGGCCAAUACGCAAGCGUCAAGCAGGUCCUUGACGACGGCCUAGAUGUGAAUUACACACAUCGCGGAAUCAGCUUAUUGCAAUGCGCAAUUGAAGCGAAGAACCUCGAUGCCAUGCGGCUCCUACUGGAUUCUGGGGCUGAUGCCGAAAAGCCUGAUCCGCACGGAUGGUCGCCACUUCAUUCUGCUGCUUUCGCAGGUGAUGUAGAUGCUUUUCUACUCGCCCGCCAGCGGGUCAAUGAUCAGAGUCCCAAAGAUAAGUGCGGCUGGACUCCUCUGGAUCUUGCCGUGUUUUAUAGGCAUGAGAAUAUUGUGAAGAUUCUGGACCCGAAUGGCAAGGUGACUGAGUUUGCGUGGUCCAAGAGCUCCUCAAAGCACAGUAUGAGUGCUACGCAUCACUAUGUACCUCCGAUGGAAGACUCCGCAGUGACUGGAUAUGCCGAAGCCUCCGAUGAGAGACGGUGGUUUAGAUAG